AUGGAUGAUGACCUGAGUGCUCUCAUUCUGGGAGUUGGGCUGCGUGUCCUCGCCCGCUUGGCUCGCUUCAAUCUCAAGAUUACAGCCUUCAUGAUCGGUGUAUGGGAGGGAUUCGCGCUUUAUCAAACUACAGCCUACAAGCCGAACUCAUUUCACGCGUAUGCCAUGCAAGCGCUUCGCUUCGCUUUUGACUACUACUUCUUCGGCAAGAAUUACCUCCUCCUUGGAAUGAUGACCUUAUACUUGUUGGUUACGUGGGCGGCCACUAGGGCACUUGUCGAGUCUGCUAUCGCCGAACAAAUACCCCCUCCCCGAGAACCUCAUACGAGACGGCCUAGGACGAGGCCCCCUCGACCCACUCCUCUACAAACAGCUGUCGCACCAGCUUUGCCACCAAGGGAACGUGUCGUGCAGUUCCAACACAUUCCCCCACUCCCCACACGUCCAAGAGUGUACGAGGAAGACCACCGUGUCCGUGACUCGGAGACAAGGAACGUCGAACAGGUUUUGACCCCUCAACCUCAACCUACGGCGUCCCUUGAGGAUGAUGACCACAUUUCCAUACAUGAAGUCUCACCGUCGGGCUCUGAGCAUUAUUCUUCCUAUAGCUCGACUCCUCCUUCCGUGAACGACGCGGCUGAACCCACGACUGAAUCUGCCUUCGAACCCACCAACGAAUCUGCGACUGAGCCCCCGCUUCCUGUACAAACUUCGGAGCCACCUGAAGAGAGUGAGCCCAUUGAUGACGUCCCCUCCGAGAACCUUGCAUUAAUAGCCAAUGAUGCAAAGAUUAUCGACAAAUUGGAGUACGCUCACCCCUCAACUUCUGAUGUUGGACCAGUGAAUGCGAUGCCUACGCCUCCGCUCACUCCAUCAGGCGACGGCCGCGACGAUAUCCUUUCCAUACAAAUACCUCUUCUCGACCUAGGGCGCAGCCCGGAAUCAAUUAUUGUCUCCGAAUCUGUGCAGGCGAUGGAAGAUGAAGUGGGAGAGGUGGUUGUGGCCGUGUACCAAGCGAACCUCGUUGCUACAUCCGACGUAGCUCCGGCGGUGCCGUCAGUGAAUAUCUCGAAGUCGAUAGACCAGGCGGAUGCCACCGACAUUAAACCAACAGACGCAACUCCUCAACCAGCCACUGAUGCAGCCUCCAUGCUGGCAGAAAUAGAAAGCAUCGUGUCGACAAUCAACCCUCAGUCUCUUCAGAAGAAAGCGGAAAACUACAGGAGCCAGGCUCAAGCUGAAGUGCAGAAACGGGAUGAACUUUUGCAAGAGCGACUGAAAGCAUUAGCAAAGACUCAGGUUCGGGAAGCAUUCCUCUUAGCCCUAGAAGCGAGGCGAUCCCAGGAGAAUGCUGUUUCCCUGCAUAGGAAGGCUGAGCGGCGGUAUCUCUUAGCCAAUAACCGUGGCCUACCAGCAAAUACCCUCGAUCUCCAUGGGCUACGUGUCCCAGAAGCUAUUUACAGAACGAAAGAAGCUAUCAGAGAUAUUGUGCUUUCUGGGGGAGGUCAAGAUUUGAAGGUCAUUGUUGGUCGAGGUAACCACUCCCCCGGAAGCAAACCUGUCCUGAAGCCAGUGAUUUGGCAAGCAAUGGCAAAGUCUGGUCUAAAGCCGAGCUUCGACAGAAACCCGGGUGUACUCAAGAUCGCGAUACCUGUACGAACAUCUACUCCCGUAACUCCUGUGUUGUUGUAA